AUGAGCGAUACACUACGAAGGAGGAAUAUGCCUUUGUCGGCAUAUUCUCCUUUCUUAACCUGCGUUCUCUUCCCGUUCCUUCUAUUUCUCCUAUGUCUACCAUCACCUGCUUCGGCUGCCGGCUCAGCCGUCCUCGGAAUCGAUCUUGGAACAGAGUAUCUAAAAGCCGCUUUGGUGAAACCCGGUAUACCUCUCGAGAUUGUCCUAACCAAGGACUCGAAACGUAAAGAAUAUGCAGCGGUUGCCUUCAAGCCUUCCCGAGACGGAAAUGCGGCUUUCCCCGAACGAUUCUACGGCAGUGACGCCCUCGCUCUCGCCCCUCGCUACCCCGAUGACGUCUACUCGAACCUGAAAACACUACUCGGUAUACCAUUCGCGGAAGAUAGCGAUGCUGUCAAAUUGUACAGCGGGCGAUACCCAGCUCUACAACUUGAAUCAGCCCAAGAUAGAGGUACUAUUGCGCUGCGUAGCCAAAGAUUCGGCGCUACCGAGGGCAAGGACGCUUUCUUGGUGGAAGAAAUUCUUUCUAUGCAGCUCAAACAAAUCAAAGCGAAUGCCGAAACUCUAGCUGGCAAGGGUAGUACCAUUCGGGACGCUGUUAUCACCUAUCCAGCUUACUAUACUGCCGAAGAGAAGAGAAGCGUUGAACUAGCCGCCGAGUUGGCAGGAUUGCAUGUGGAAGCCUUGAUCAGCGACGGCCUUGCUGUUGGUUUAAAUUACGCCACCAGUCGAACGUUCCCUAGCGUGUCAGACGGCGAACAACCGGAAUACCAUCUCGUUUAUGACAUGGGUGCAGGUUCUACCACAGCUACCGUUCUUCGCUUCCAAAGCCGAGCUGUGAAAGAUGUCGGCCGUUUCAACAAGACCGUACAGGAAGUUCACGUUUUGGGAGCUGGUUGGGACAGGACAGUAGGAGGAGACGCAUUGAACCAGUUGAUUGUGGAUGACAUGGUCAAUAAGUUAGUUGAGAGCAAGAAACUCAAGGACGGAACAACAGUCUCCGAUGUCAAAGCUCAUGGAAAGACUAUGGCUAAACUCUGGAAGGAUUCUGGACGUGUCAGACAAAUUUUGAGUGCAAACACUGAAACCAGUGCCACAUUCGAAGGGUUAUACGAAGAAGACGUUAUCUUCAAGUAUAAAAUCACCCGCUCAGAAUUCGAGAAAUUAGCCAAAGAUCAGGCCGCCAGAGUUGGAAACCCAAUCGAAGAUGCUCUGAAAUCAGCGGGCUUAAAGCUAAGUGACUUGGAGUCCGUCAUUCUCCACGGAGGUACCAUCAGGACUCCAUUUGUUCAAAAGCAACUAGAAAAGCAGUGUGGAAGUGGUAAGCUCAGAACAAAUGUGAACGCUGAUGAAGCCGCCGUUUUUGGUGCGGCCUUCAAAGGCGCAGCAUUGAGUCCUAGCUUUAGAGUCAAAGACAUUCGUGCCGUGGACUCUGCUAGCUAUGCCGUGAAGAUCAAGUGGACCUCAGAUGAAAAGGAAAGACAACAGAAACUCUUUACCCCCACUUCUCAAGUUGGUGUUGAGAAGCAGGUCACCGUGAAGAACCUAGAGGAUUUCGAGUUUAGCUUCUACCAACAAAUUCCGGCUGGUGAAGAUGUGAUCGAUUCUCCAGUCCUCAAUGUGGCCACACAAAACUUGACGGCAUCUGUCAGCAAGCUAACCGAGAAAUUUGGUUGUGCGCCUGUCAAUAUCACCACGAAGCUCAAUGUCCGUCUCAGUCCAGUUGACGGGCUUCCAGAGGUUACGGGCGCAUCUGUAAGUUGUGAAGUUGAUGCUUCCAAGAAAGGAAGCGUUGUUGCCGAUGUCAAGGGCUUCUUUGGCCUAGGGAAGAAGGAUGACCAGAAACCCCUGAAAGAGGAGACCGGCGAUGAACCAACGGAGUCUGUCACGCUUGAGGAUGAGGCUCCAACUUCAUCGGCGGAGGAGAUGUCUACUACUACAGUAUCUGCUAAGGAGACCCAGAAGGCAGAAUCUGCAUCCCGAAUUGAAAGUAUCACUAUCAAUUUCAAGUCUUCCCCUCUCGGACGCCCGCCGCUUUCAACAACAGAACUCAAGCGGAUUAAGCACCGUCUUGCCGCGUUUGAUGCAUCUGAUCGAGAACGCGUGUUGAGGGAAGAGGCUCUGAAUGAGCUAGAGGCAUUCAUCUACAAAGGCCGCGAUUUGGUUGAUGAUUCAGAAUUCCUCAAAGCUGUCAAGGGAGAUCAGCUCACCAUCCUCAAGGAACGUCUUGAAGCAGCAAGUGAAUGGCUUUAUGGCGACGGCGCGGAUGCAAGCACAAAGGAACUGAAAGAGAAACUCGCAUCGUUGACUGAGAUUGUCAAGCCAGCAUUGAAACGAAAGAAGGAAAAUUCUGAGCGUGGCGUCAAGGUACAACUUCUACAAGAGAUGCUCAACGGGGCCAAGUCCAUCCAGAACAUUGUAGAUAUGCAAAUUCAAAACGAUGAGGAGAUAUUUUCUUCUUCGCAAGCGGCUGAAAGCGCAUCAUCUACUUCUGAGACUUCAACUGCGUCUAGCCCUACCACCACUCCUGAUGAUCUCGAGGAAGACCCUUACUCAUCAUCAGGUAGCUCGUCUACUAAAUCUUCGGCCACCGCCAAACCCACCGCACCUACUUACUCCAUCUACACCCCUCAAGAUUCCGCCUCCCUGAAGACCACUCUUGACUCAGUGAACACCUGGCUCGAAGUCCAGCUGGAAGUCCAGAAAACCCUCAGCGAAUCUGACGACCCAGCCCUCACUGUAGCAGAUAUUGACUCAAAACUCAAAGAACUUGAGCGUGUGCUACAACGUAUAUACGCUAAGAUGGGAGCGAAAGCCGGUGGCGGCGAUUCUUCCUCCAAAAAGAGCGAAGGAAAGAAGAAGGAUAACGGCAAGACGAAGUCGAAGAGCGAGAAAACAUCUACAAAACCAAAACCAUCUGUCAAGGAUGAGUUGUAA